CAAUAAGCAAAAAGCGAAGACGAGAGAAGGAGAAGAGACGAAAUCGCCAUUGAAAUGGCUCUCAAAGCUUCACCAGUUGCCGGAUUAUUCCCUCCUCUCCGUCCUACUGCUUCUUCUAAUCGGCCUUGUUCCCUCAGGGUUCUCCCCCUCAGACCAUCCUUCUUCGGCAACUCCAGUGGGGCUCUGAGAGUGAAUGUGCUGAGAUUAGCUUGUGCUAAUAGACUCAGGUGCAAUGGUCAUGGUCCUACAAUGAGUCUUUUUUAACGAAUUUCUAGAGUGGUCAAGGUACUUUUAACCUUUCUGAUUCUGUAUCUGGUAGUCAUAAUGCAUUGGAUUUCAUUAAUCAGUUCUCUUGUUUAUUUUUCAUUUCAAUAAGCUAAGUCAUAUGCAAAUGCGCUCAUAAGCUCCUUCGAAGACCCUGAGAAAAUCCUUGUGCAAAACUGUCAUUGAAAUGAAUAGUGAUUUGACAA